UUUCCUGUCUCCUCAGAACACGACGUGACGAGUAAAGUGACGAAUAUCAAGUCUCUGGUGAACCUUUUUCUGUCGGAUGAAAUCUCAGGUUCUCUUACCAGCGACAAUCAGAGGAUUUUGGCCGCAGUGGGGAGACUAACAGAUGGAAUCCGCAACCCAAAUGGCACCACUGAUCCAUUGUGCGGUUCAGAAUGGACACACUUUGGCCUAAACUGUUACUACCUCUCCCGCUACGCGAGGCCGUGGAAUUACGCCAAGAAACACUGUGAGGAUAAGAAGAGUCACCUGAUGGUCAUCAACAGCCUGGAGGAGAUGAAUUUUCUAAGCAACAUUUCACAGUCCCAGAGUUUGUGGAUCGGUCUUUCAGUUGAUAAGGGAAUCUGGACGUGGGUGGACGGCACAUCUUAUGAGAGAUCUCCAAAGUUCUGGAGAGAGGGGCAGCCUUUUAGCUGGGAUUACUAUGGAUUUGACCAGGAUAGCUCUGAACAUUUCUUUGAACUUUUCCAACACCACAUUGAAGAAAGGUGUGUUUUUUUGGAAGACGGAGAGGGCUGGAGCUCUUCUUCCUGCUCCGAUAGUUACCAAUACGUCUGUGAGAAGAAGACAUUGUGACCUACAGACUUCUCCUGAUAUCUCCAUCUCCUAAUUAAUCCUUCACCAUACUGCAGUGAUGGAGAAUCUACUAACAAAGCAAAAUGUAUCCUGCUGGGCAUUCUGGGACUUGGACUACCUUGUGAUGAGGGUUCCUCAAAAUGUCUACACCCCAUCUCCAGCUUUCAAUUUAUUAAACAACUAAACUCCA